CAACAGGUUUGACCGGCUGUUCGUCCGACCGCCGCCGUUGAUCGCAGCAGAGUCAAAAGGGUUUGGGUUCUUCCGGGAAGGCAAGUCCGACCGACGCUGGGGAAUGCAGGGGUAUUUUCGUCCGGGGAGGGAACCUCCCCGAAUAUAAGCCCCGUCGGACGCCUCUAUCGUUCCAGAAUUUUCCGUCGCUUCCGUGUCCGCGCUUCCGUCAUCCAGAACGCUUCCGCAGUUUGUCUGAUCCUUGCGCUUCGCUCGGGGAUAAGGGUUUUGCAGAGAGGAAGGGAGGAGGGAUCCUCUGGAUGCACUAGGCUGCCCUCGAGGCUGAGGGGGGAAGAACUGGGGGAUAUGAAGGUGGGAGUGGAUCUUUUCGAUCCUCGCGCGCUGAUGGAGCCGGAAGCGGCCGGCGCUCGGUCCGCGGAUAAAGACUUCGCUUUCGCGUUUAACGACCCGAACUUCUCGGAUCGCGUGCUCAGGCUGGAGAUCGUCGGCGGGUCGCCGGAGAGCAAGGAGGACGGGGAGGGUUGCCUCAGCAUCACGGAAUGGGCGAGGAACCGAAAGCGGCGGCGCGAGGAGAUCAAGCGCGAGAAAGGAUCAAUGGCAUGCAAUGAUGAUUCGGCUUUAAACAAUCAACCAGAUUUUGAUGAUGGAGUUGCAUUUGGAAGUCAAGAUGAAGAUGGUGAAGCAAUGAUUGAAGAAUCCCCUACAGGAGGUGAGGAUGGUUCACUUAGCAAUGAUUCAUCAUGGAGCAUGGACUGUUCAAUCGUAACGAAAGUAAAAGAAAUGCAUAUCAGUUCCGCAAUCUUAGCUCAGAAGAGUCCCUUUUUCUACAAACUUUUCUCGAAUGGUAUGAAAGAAUCUGAACAACGAGAUGUAACAUUACGAAUUAAUGCGUCAGAGGAAGAAGCUGUUAUGGCACUUCUGAACUAUAUGUACAGUGAGAAGGUAACAACAACAUCUCCUCCCGCGCUCCUAGACAUUCUAAUGGCUGCAGACAAGUUUGAGGUUGCUUCCUGCAUGCGCCAAUGCAGUACGGUGUUGCGGAACCUCCCCAUGACUCCAGAAUCCGCCCUUCUAUAUCUAGAGCUUCCUUCCAGUGUCUUGAUGGCUGAUGCAGUCCAACCUUUGACAGACGCUGCUAAACAAUUCCUUGCCAAGCGCUUCAAGGACCUUUCCAAGCACCAGGAGGAAAUUAUGAAUUUGCCGUUGGCUGGCGUAGAGGCAAUACUGUCGAGCGACGAACUCCAAGUUGCGUCGGAGGAUGCGGUCUUUGAUUUCGUUCUGAAAUGGGCUAGGUUGCAGUACCCAAAAGUCGAGGAGAGACGAGAGGUUCUGGGCUCCCGGCUGGGGCGCCUCAUCCGUUUCCCCAACAUGACCAGCCGGAAGCUGAAGAAAGUCCUCGCCUGCAACGAUCUGGAUGCCGACCUUGCCUCCAAGGUCGUCCUGGACGCCCUUUUCUUCAAGGCAGAAACGCCUCACCGGCAGCGGCUGCUGGCCUCCGAGGAGUCUUCUAAUAAGCGCUUCACGGAGCGUGCUUACAAAUACCGACCAAUCAAGGUCGUCGAGUUUGAUGUCCCUUACCAACAAUGCGUGGUCUAUCUCGACCUCAAGCACGAAGAAUGCGAUCUUCUCUUUCCCUCAGGCCGGGUCUACUCCCAGGCAUUUCACUUGGGGGGCCAUGGUUUCUUCCUCUCAGCCCAUUGUAACAUGGACCAGCAGAGCUCCUUCCACUGCUUCGGCCUCUUUCUGGGAAUGCAGGAGAAGGGCUCCGUCAGCGUCGCAGUCGACUAUGAGUUUGCUGCUAGGUCAAAGCCCGCAUGCGAUUUUGGGAGCAAGUACAGGGGGAACUAUACGUUCAACGGUGGUAAGGCAGUGGGCUACCGGAACUUGUUUGGCAUUCCUUGGAGGUCGUUCAUGGCAGAGGACAGCCCUUACUUCAUCAAUGGCACCCUCCACCUGAGGGCGGAGCUCACCGUGAGACAGUUGCUGCUCCAGUGAUGCUCUUGCAAGUCCUUGGGAUGCGUCUGUUUUCCGUUUUCUUUCUUUCUUUUUUGGGUCUGUGUACAGAAUUUGCCGCGGCGCCGGUGCUCGCUAACAGCUAGGCAGAGGUUCCUGGUUGUUGUGCUCUUAAAAGUACUUUCCAAGGUCCGCCCAAUGGGAGGGGAUGAACAUGGGAAGGAACUUCUAAGAUUUCUAAUGAAAAAUUUCUGUGUA